CUGAAAACCAAAAACAGAAACAAAACGCUCGCACACUGAAACUCUUCACUCUCUCUUUCUCUCUCUUAGGGUUUUGCUUCUGUUGUUAACGUCAUGGCUUCGUCUUCCUCUGAUCCCGGCAAGUCAGAUGCCGGAGGCGGCGCUGCGGACACGUCGGAGGCGGUGGUGGCAGCUGCCAACGAUCAGCUUCUGCUGUACAGGGGACUCAAGAAGGCGAAGAAGGAGAGAGGCUGCACCGCCAAAGAGCGUAUCAGCAAGAUGCCACCGUGCGCCGCCGGCAAACGCAGUUCCAUAUACCGCGGCGUUACCAGGCAUAGAUGGACUGGUCGUUAUGAAGCACAUCUUUGGGAUAAGAGUACGUGGAACCAGAAUCAGAAUAAGAAAGGGAAGCAAGGUUCUGCUCUGAGAUAUACCUUCCUCUGUUUUCUGUUUUCUGUCUCUUUCUAAUUUUGUUUGUAAAUAUAUGAAGGUAUUUCUUAAUACUAACGUUGUUUAUAUGUUGUGCAUGAAUUUAUUGGUUAAAAAUUCCUUGGGAUGCCAGUUUACUUGGGUAAGUUGUCCCUUUUCCUUUGGUUUUUCUUUCUUUCUUUCUUUUUGAUGGUAAACGAAUGUGUUUGUUUUCAACAGGAGCUUAUGAUGAUGAGGAGGCAGCAGCUAGAGCAUAUGAUCUUGCUGCUUUGAAAUACUGGGGUCCAGGAACGCUUAUUAACUUCCCAGUGACUGAUUAUACAAGAGAUCUUGAUGAAAUGCAAAAUGUUUCCAGGGAGGAAUACCUUGCGUCUUUGCGUCGGAAGAGCAGUGGUUUUUCAAGAGGAAUAUCAAAAUACCGUGCCCUCUCCAGUCGAUGGGAGCCGUAUGGUCGUAUAGCAGGAUCAGAUUACUUCAAUAGCAUGCAGUAUGGUGAUGAUUCAGCAGCAGAAAGUGACUACAUGAGUGGUUUUUGCAUAGAAAGAAAGAUUGAUUUAACAAGUCACAUCAAAUGGUGGGCAUCUAACAAAAAUCGACAACCUGAUAGUGGGACAAGAUUAUCAGAAGAAAAGAAACACGGAUUUGCUGGAGAUGUUUGUAGUGAACUUAAGACACUGGAGCAGAAAGUGCAACCUACUGAGCCAUACCAAAUGCCAAAGUUAGGUCAGCCUCACAAUGAGAAAAAACAUAAAAGUUCUUCAGGAUCUGCCUUAAGUAUUUUGUCACAGUCAGCUGCUUACAAGAGUUUGCAAGAGAAAGCAGCAAAGAGACAGGAGAAUAGUACAGAAAAUGAUGAGAAUGAAAACAAGAAUAUAGUCAAUAAGUUGGAUCAUGGCAAAGCAGUUGAGAAAUCAUCAAAUCAUGAGGAUGGAAAUGACCGACUUGACAUUGCAAUGGGAAUGAGCGGAGCUUUGUCACUUCAAAGAAACGUUUACCCGUUGACUCCAUUCUUGUCUGCCCCACUCUUGACGGCCUACAACUCUGUGGAUCCAUUGGGAGAUCCCGUUCUGUGGACAUCUAUUGUUCCCAUACUUCCAGCUGGCAUGAUUUCUCGCACAGCUGAGGUUACCAAGACUGAGACUAGUUCAACAUACACUAUGUUUCAGCCAGAGGAAUGAAUCGGACACUCAGAAAUCUGUGACUGAGAAGAAGGGCAAGUGCCUCAAGAACCGAGUUUCUAUCAAACUUGGGCAGUAAAAAUGUUGAAGAAGCUCAAACUGGUCCUAGAGAAUGCUCUCACUGAUUCUUCUGCAAAUGGAUAAGCACAAGCAUUCUCAUGGUAAUACAAAUGAUAUAUACAUACAUAGAGAGAGGGGUUUAGCAUAAGUUUUACAUGGGUUUAGUUCGUCCGAGAAAAAUAAAUUUUACCUGAUGUUUAUUUCAAAAUUCAAGAUCAGACAUGUAUCAGUUGAUAUCUCUAUCAUGUAUAUUACACCAACAUUAUCGACAAAUUUUGAUUUAAUUUGAAAUGUUCUGUACAGAAUAAGUGAUAGAGUCAUGCAAUAAGGUUAUGAAUUAAUAUGCAGAGGAUUUUCUGUAUUGCUCUGGAAAUUUGUUAUUUUGGCAUUGAUCUCCCUCCGGGGUUGAGAUGAAUUACAUAGUUUACAGUAAAGUUUUAGUCAAGAGAGGUGUU